GGCUCGCCCCACCCCGGCGGGGCUCCUACCUGGCUUCCUCGGCCGCGCGCCCACCCCGCCCCUCCGCCCCGGGCCGGCAAGAAGAGCAGGUCGGGGAGGGGCGCGUCGGGUGACGGAACAGAAGCUGGGGAGCCGCAGCCCUUCCCGCCUCCGCCUCGGCCCCGCGGCCGCUCGGGAGGGAGCCGAGGACUCGGAACUCGCGCGCGCCGCGGCCCCGGCCGGAGCCACCGCCUCGGUCCCGCCCCAGCCUCCGCCUCCGCCUCCGCCCGCCGGGGACGCCGGGGAACCCUCGGGGCCCAGGGACAGCGGGAGAGACCCCGCCCCGGCCUAUCGCGGCCGCCAGGCCUGGUCACGCGCAGAGCCGCGCCGCGGGAUCGGGGCCAGCGCCGGGCGGAGGCGGGACGGGGACGAGGCGGAGGGUAGAAACCGCGCGGCCGGGCCGGGGCGCGCCGAGCCGAACGCAGCCACGCGGCGCCAGCGAGGCGGCCGGACCCGCAGCCCCGAUGCUGCUGACGCUGGCCUGGGGCGCGCUCUUCUUCCCGGGGCUCUUCGCGCUCUGCACCUGGGCGCUGCGCCGCUCCCGGCCUGGAUGGAGCCGCACCGACUGCGUGAUGAUCAGCACCAGGUACCGGCGCCGCCGAGACGCCCCCGAGGCCCGGGCCUCUGCCCACCCCGCCCCACCCGGCUGCGGGGCCCAGGGCGGAAAAGGGGGGCGGCAGGAAGCCGGGGGGCUGCUCCCUCCGGGGCGCGGCGGCCCGAGCUUUCCGAAGCCCCUCCGCGUCCCCCGCUGGCGGGAGCGGGGCCGAGCGGGCGGGAGUGGCCGGCUGGUUUCCUCGGUGCACGCCGUGCUGGCCACCGGCUCGGGGAUCGUCAUCAUUCGCUCCUGCGACGACGUGAUCACCGACAGGCACUGGCUUGCCCGGGAGUAUGUGUGGUUUCUGAUUCCAUACAUGAUCUAUGACUCAUACGCCAUGUACCUCUGUGAUUGGUGCCGAACCAGAGACCAGAACCGUGGACCCUCCCUCACGCUUCGAAACUUCCUAAGUCGAAACCGCCUCAUGAUCACACAUCAUGCGGUCAUUCUUUUUGUCCUUGUGCCAGUCGCACAGAGCCUUCGGGGAGACCUUGGGGAUUUCUUUGUUGGCUGCAUCUUCAUGGCAGAACUGAGCACUCCAUUUGUGUCACUGGGCAGGGUUCUGAUUCAGCUAAAGCAGCAGCACACCCUUCUGUACAAGGUGAAUGGAAUCCUCACACUGGCCACCUUCUUUUGCUGUCGGAUCCUUCUCUUCCCCUUCAUGUACUGGUCCUAUGGCCGCCAGCAGGGACUAAGCCUGCUCCAAGUACCCUUCAGCAUCCCCUUCUACUGCAACAUAGCCAAUGCCUUCCUCGUAGCUCCUCAGCUCUACUGGUUCUGUCUGCUGUGCAGGAAGGCAGUCCGGCUCUUUGACACUCCCCAAGCCAAAAAGGAUGGCUAAAUGCUCCUGGGAGUCAGGCGCAGCCUCACACCAGCUGUCUCCUCCACUCAGCAUUCCAUGGACUGAAUUGUGCCCUGGGUGGCCUCAGCCUUUUGGGUAUUGAUAAGCAGAUGGAUUUGAGUUUUUCUAAAGAAUAUUCGUAUUACCUCCUUCUUCUAACUUGCCCUAUUUGCAAAAGCACUUUUGUAGUAACAACUAUUGGGUCCUGUCAGACCUCCACGGACAGCAAAGUGGUUUUAAUGCAAGCCCAAGGAUCCUUUGGGUCUUAUCUCAAGAGUUCUGGGAGGUGGAAGCAUGGGGUGUGAUCGGUGGACCAGGGUGAUAAGUGUCUGCGCAUCUGCCUGUCCCUAUAUCGGCAGCUACCUACCUUUCCAACCACUCAGGGCAGUACCCACGGCACUGGGCCCGCAGAAGCAAGGGAUGACUUGGUUCUUGGAAGUAAUGUCUUCUUGUGACAUUGGCCUGGGACAAUCACUGUGGGUAGGUAGUUUUUGAUCGUUUACUAGAUAACCCAUUGGUUCUUUGCGUCAUCCUGUCAUCCAUGGGUCAGAGUUGAAUUCUUACAUCUACCGACUUCCAAUCAGAAGUCUCACUGGUGGGGCUGGGGGUGGGGGCUGGGGGUGGGGGCAGGCAGGAGGCAAGGAUGGGAACCUGAUUAGGUAGUGUGGCCAAGAGGCCAGCACAACCUUUGCAGGCUGACUUGGUAAGUCUGACAGUGUCAAACUUGUGAGCUUACUGCUGUCAGUCACAGAUACUGUUCUUUUUAACACACCCCUUCAUGCCCAGUUUUCCCCAUAUCCACAUGCAGAGGACGUGCUCAUAAAAACUACAGCAACAACAUGAAAUGAAGGCUUUGGUAGCUGUUUACUGGGUAACCCCACUCUAUGACACUGUCCUUUUCAUGUGAUGUGGAAACCAACUUCUGUACUCCAAACCACAAAAUGUGUCAUCCAGACUGCAGAGUACCGGAGUACUCAGCCUCCUGAUACGCCAGAGCUUGUGGUCCAAGGCCCAUUCCUGUGUGAGCGUCCUGCCAUUUAGCCACAGAAGGCUGCAGAGCGAGGGGGCAGCCAGCCUGGCCAGAGGCUGUCCUGUGGACCAACACCUGCGCCCCCUUCUGCAAGCAGGAUUUUCUGGUGCCAACACUCAUCAUUCCCUAUCAACUAGUAUGGGUUUGAGACUGUGCUACCAUGUGUUCUCAAGUGGUAGUUUAAAAAGUGGAUUUUUAAAGUGCCUUUUAAUUAAUUGUGAACGUCUAAAGGACUGAAUGAUCUGUCUCAUUUUGACUGUUUAGUCUUUAAUGGGUGCCAUUUAAAGAACAAAAUGCUUACUUUUUAAUUGUCUUUUUUUGUUUUUUAAACUAUCAGUGUAUCUUUAAAAGUCACCCUUAUGGUGAUUAAAUUGCACUAACAUUCCCAA